AUAUCAAUAAAAUAAAACAUGAAUUUUCACAACGGCUUAGUUAUUGUUAUUUUGGUUAUGUUUAGUGUUAUUAUUAUAAGUGUUUCAUCAAAGAUUAUAAACAAAAGAGACACUGAAAGCCAAUUAGAUAAUCAAAACGGAUAUUUGGGAUCCAUAGAGAAGAGACCAUUUUGUAAUGCUUUCACAGGUUGUGGCAAAAAGCGGGCAUCACUUGGAUUUGAGAGCACAGACAGUAGGGAUCCGUUAUCCAGAUUAAGCCAAAGAAUUAUUAAUGAGGCGAAACAGUGGGAGUUAUUACAGAAUAAGAUCAACAAUAAUCAAAUUAGACCGGAUUAUCCACUUUUGGAUUAUAUGUCGUCACGUAAGAGAAGAUCAAUAGAUUCAUAAGAUAUCUAUUCGUUAAUGGAUUUAUAUAUUGAUUGACAAA